AUGGUCCGCAUACUUGCGCUCUGCCUCGCCGGCGCGUCGGCCUGGGUCGCGCCGCGGCGCCCCCUCGCGGCGGCGCCGAGCGUCCUGCGCGCCGAGGGCGAGGACAUGGAGCUGGGCCUCGAGGCCAUGUUCGACCUCUUCGACGAGGCGGACCCCGAGGGCGUCGCCGCGCGCGAGGCCGCGGCCGCCGCGGAAGCCGCCGCCGCGGCGAAGCAGGCGGAGGCGAACGUGGCGCUCCUCGAGGGCGUGUCGCGGCCCCUGGGCUUCUGGGACCCGCUGGGCCUCGCGACGAUCGGUACCGAACGCGAGACCUUGGCGUGGUUCCGCCACGCGGAGCUCAAGCACAGCCGCGUGGCCAUGGCGGCGACGACGGGCUGGAUCAUCAACGAGGCCGGCAUCGUCUUCCCCGGCGACAUCGCUACGGGCAAGUCCUUCGCGUCGCUCGGCAAGGGCUGGGACGCGUGGGCGAACGUGCCCGGCAGCGGCAAGGUGCAGAUCCUCUUCGCCAUGGGCUGCAUCGAGCUCGCGUCCGAGGCGAAGCAGCCCCACUACAUGAAGGGCGGGAGGCCGGGCCAGACCGACGGGCCGUUGGGGCUCCGCUUCUGGGACCCGCUCGGCCUCACCGCGGGCUACGACGCCGCGACGAUCGCCGUGAAGCGCCAGCGCGAGCUCAACAACGGCCGCCUCGCCAUGAUCGGCGUCGCGUCCUUCGUCUCCGCGUCCUUCAUCGACGGCAGCGUCCCGGCCCUCCCGGACUCGUGGUGA